GAGCUGCUUUUAUUUUGAAAGGCGGUGACACAGCGGUAGUAAACAGUAAUCACGUUACAACCCGGAAGCACUGCGUUUCUCUGAUGAACGUUUGAACAGAAAGAAUGACCGAUUUAUCUUCAGCAGAGACGGUUAAACGCGAUGCUGCGAACGACGUCCAGCCUUCCGUAGUCACAUCGGCGUGUUAAUCCUCGGUGUCGGCGGAGCGGGCGGUGAACUGCGGGCAGCAACGCCCUGAUGAGCCGCCGAGUCGGACAGAAAUCCCGUCGCUGUUUACAAGUCGCUCCGAGAGCCCGUUUCCCCGCAGUGUGUCGUUAGCUAGCCGCGAGUGUGUUUUUCUAGACAGGAGACGAAAACAUGGCUGAACUGCAUGUAGUGGAACCGAGCGGUACUGGCACCAUAGAGCAGCCCGAGCACCGCGACUCGGUCCGGGGCUCGGUGCGCCUGGCGUCGCCCACUCUCAUGGUUCCUCCGCGGAGCAGCCAGCUCAGUCCCGGCGGGGUGUCGAGCACCAGCGGCGGUGGCGGCGGCGGCGGUGGAGCCCGGUCGGUGUUCGGCUUCCCGGUGAAGAGCAACCCGAGCUCCCCGUCCGAACCGGUGGACAAGCCGGGCUCCCGCUGGGUCCGGCUGAACGUCGGCGGGACCUACUUCAUCACGACCAAACAGACGUUAUGUCGAGACCCCAAGUCCUUCCUGUUCAGGCUGUGUCAGGAGGACCCGGACCUGGACUCGGACAAAGACGAGACAGGCGCCUACCUGAUCGACAGGGACCCCACAUACUUCGGCCCCAUCCUGAACUACCUUCGGCAUGGAAAGCUGAUCAUGGAUAAGAAUCUGGCCGAAGAAGGUGUUCUCGAGGAAGCCGAGUUCUACAACAUCGCGUCUCUGGUACGGCUGGUGAAGGAGAGGAUACGGGACAACGAGAACCGCACAUCUCAGGGCCCUGUGAAGCACGUGUACCGAGUACUACAGUGCCAAGAGGAGGAACUCACACAGAUGGUCUCAACCAUGUCGGACGGCUGGAAGUUUGAGCAGCUCAUCAGCAUCGGCUCCUCGUAUAACUACGGCAACGAGGACCAGGCAGAGUUUCUAUGUGUAGUUUCCCGGGAGCUCAACAACUCCACCAACGGCAUCGUCAUCGAGCCCACCGAGAAGGCCAAGAUCCUUCAAGAACGAGGCUCGCGGAUGUGAAGAGACCCAGAUCCUGAGCUAAACAACGCGUAAUCAACAACUACAACAUGAACAUUUUCUCCACCUUCAUCAUCAUCAUCAUCAUCAUCAUCAUCCUCCUGCUCCCUUCUCCUCUGGUGUGCCUUUCCACAGCGAGGGCUCCCCGGCGCCCUCCUCCUCUCCUUCAGUGCUGCAACGCCACACCGACUUGUCGUCUCAUUUCUUCUCCUCCAGUUUGAAAGAGGUGACAAGUGAGUGUUUUUUUUUCUCCCCCUCAUUGCAGCAUUUUCGAUGGUCAGUGUCACGGCAGCGAAGGCUACGGUGCUGAUUGUAGCCUCUUGUCGUCGCCAGCGGAUGGACGCCCAGCGCAGAGCUACUAUAAUUCAUCAUCUCCAUCACUUUUAUCAGACAGGAUCCUUCCUUCUCUUACAAGUUCGGCUGUCGAUUUAGCAGAAAUCUCCUCAGGACUCUCAAAGGACAUAAAGGAAUGAAAACAACUCCACUUGACUGAGCCUCUCUCUCUCUACCUGAAUCUAUUGACGGAGCGAGUGUCGAUGGCCGCCGUCUCCGCAGAUUCGCAGGCCGUGGCACAACAAACCCUACGGCGGUCCGAUCUCAACAUCCCGCUCCUGUUGUUUCCAGUUUUCUGGCUCUAUUCGAUCUGUGAGAAUUUCCACGAAACGAAAUGACUCCAAAAAAAAAAAAAGAAAAAAGAAGAAGAAGAAGAAAAAAAAGACUUAAACUACACUAGUGUACACUUUGUCAAGGCAUGUGAGGAAUCUAUAUAAAUCUAUAUAGGCUACAUGAUGAAAUUAUAUGAAAAAUUGAAUGCAAAUGGUGUAAUUAUUGAUUUCUGUAUCAUAGUUGUCAUAUUUUACAUAUUCUGGUGGGUGAGUCUAUUUAAAUGAUGGAGGACAAAUAUCAGUUUUCAUAACCAGUUUUCCCACCCGGUCAGCCCGGUGUGGGUUUGUGUAUGCAGUGCCUCUCUGCUUUACUGUCCAUGAUUGAAAUAUCACAAGUUUUUCAGCUGCACGUUUUUCUGUAGUGUUCCUCGAGAAAAAAAAAAAAAAAGAAAAGAAGAAAAACAGCUAUUGUCAAUAAGUUUUCUCUUAAAUAUCCUACUUUGAUCUAUUGCAUAUCUUACAAUUGUAAUUAGGGAUAAGGAAAACUACUGUCAUUGCCAUUUAUCUGGACGAGCGUGGCGUGGCGGGGGUUGGACCGUGGCCAGUCUGUAUGCUGCCUCAAAACCUCGAAGCGCCCUCCUCUCCCUUGGCCGUGUGCUAUUCUCAUGCCGAUUGCUCGCUCACAGCUGCCUCUCGUUGCCACUCCUCAACUUUUAACGCCCAAACGACUGUGUUGUCUUACAUUCUCGCAGCACUUGUAGCAACCGUGGCGCAAGCUGAACUGUACCGCUCACGCUUAAAAGCCCUGAGAUACCUGAGCCUGCAUUACCACACAGAUUUACGCACUGUAAGUGAACCUGCCAGACGGGAAGUGUCCUCGGUUUUUUUUCCUGAGCUUCUUGAGCUGCUGAGGGAAGCCUUUUCGUUUCAGACGUUGCGUGACGUUUUAUUUCCGUGCCAGCAGAUGGGUACUAACGUGGCCGAAGUAUGUUUCUCGUGAAAUGUGCUUGACAUUAAGUUGCCGCGUGAUCGUGCUGUUUUUGCCACUUCUAGCAACACUGCAACAACAUGGAAGCAGACAUAGAUGCUCACCUGAUUCCAGUAUAUGCAUGAGAGUUGGAUGAUUUUCUGAACUGGCUUCUAUAUCAAGAGCUAAAACCACUGACAGAUGAUUAAUCCAUAUUUGUCAAGCAGAAAUUCCUAAUAUUCUUCAAAUGUUCUUGUUUUUUUCUGUUUUAUAUUGUAGUAAAUUGACCAAACUAGAUAUUUUAAGAUGCCAUCUUGAGUAAAUGUGCAGACAAUUUGCUUUUUUCGUGCAUUUUAUAUCGUCAAAGUGGAAAAAAAGGGUUUGCACGCCUUCACCGAAAGUGAACAUGCUCGUUGAUUAACGUGUUCAAAACCUUUUUGUACAUUUUCGCCUCAGAAUUUUAGUUGCAGCCACCCCAGCUUCCUUAUUUUUUUACUAUUCCUGCCACUUGACACAGAUUUUAUUCUCAAUUAAUCACUUUUUAGUCUGUAAAAUGUGAGAAAACAGCAAAAAAAGGCAUCUUCAGACGUCUUGUUUUGUCUGACCAACAGCCCAGAACCCCAAAUAAUCCGAUUACUGUGAUAAAAAAACAGAAAUAAGUGGCAAAUUAUCUGACUAACAAGUGUUUUUUUUGGCCUUUCUGCUUAAUAAAUGACUCAGAAUUAUUAAUUAAUAGUAAAAAUCUUAAUUUCUGUCAAUUGACUGAUUGUUGCAGCCACCUCACUGAAAUAUGAUGUUAACUGUGAUGUUGUUGCUGGUGUAGAUGCAGCCUUUUCAUACGAGUAACUUAAUGCAAGGUGUGAGCCAUAUUGACACAUAUCAGACGGAGAAUCCAAACAUCUCGUUCACAUUUUAAUCACCGCUCCUGAAAGCUGAGGAGCCUUUAAUAUCACCGAUACCGAUCACCGGCGUCGAUCACUUUGAUAACCCAUCGUUUGUACAAAGAACAUAUUUGAUGCAGUUACCGAGCAUGUAGAAAAAGAAUGCGUUUUAACAGGGAAAAAAAAGAAAUAGUACCUUCGCUGUCGUCAUGAUCCCUGACCAGUCAGGCCUCAGAGCUCAAACUUUGAUGUGACUUCUUCUUUGUUGUUGUUCUUUCUUUUUUUUUAUUAUUAUUAUUUCCUCUCGAGUGUGUGUUUUUUGUGCAGUUUUAUUCUACUAAUCACGAGCAGACCGUGUGCUGCUGAAAACGCCCAAACGUCUCAUUGAGGAGCACUUUUUUUCUCUCUUGUUGUUCUCUGGGCCCUUUUUGCAAAGCACCUUGGGUGUCGUUUCCCUUCGUCUGUGUCCAGUGUUGUGCCUUUGACCUGUGUUGUGCACAGUUGUACUCCCCUCUUAUCAUAAGGUGCCUCUCAUACCUUAAAAAAAAAGCCAGGAGGCACCUACCUGAGGUAUAAUGUAUACAGGUUGGUUUCUGUUGUUUGUGUUUCAGUAAGAGGCAAGCCAAACAAAAACCAUUACCCCUCGCGUUCUUUUAUUAUAUAUAUAUAUAUAUAUACCUACAGACAGCUGCUUUCUUUGUGCCAUCGCUUAUGAGCUAAAUCCACCCACAAUCCCUUACACUCCUGGAGAUUCAAAAUUGUGUCCAUAUCUGCUGUAAACACUGGCGGUGGCUGCUUGUUGUGUUCACAGCACGACCAAGCGGGAGCAGUCGACGGGGGGAAGGCCGGCCAAAGCAGGCGUCCCUCUUCUGCUUGUAUCUUAGUAAAACUCCAGCAGUGCACUUGUUAUCGGAAAUCGAUUUGACUAUAAACUCGCUUCUUGUUUCUUGAGUUGCAUGCUAAAACCACCUAUAAUGAGCCCUUUUUUUUCUUUUUAGGUGUUUGUAAUCAACGUUUGAAGCACUUACUGUACCUUCGUGAACCCAGUCUGAUCUUACCUUGGUUGCACUGUUCAGUGGUUCCCAACUUGACGGUGGGCGCAAAAGCAAAAACAAAGAGGAAGUUGCUAUGUUUUAGACUUUCCUUCAAUCAUUGCUUUUUAUCACGUCAGCCAUGCUAGCAGCUAGGACUGAACCAUGAAGAGAUUUCCAAUUUAACUGCAAUUAAUAAACUGCACAGGCUGCAAUUUCGGAUAAACCUGAUGUAGUCUGACUCAAUAUUUAAACCGGUGUCAAUGGUUUGUGCCAAUAAACAAAUGUUCCCGAGUUAGCACACUGAGCUAAAGUGAUGAACAAGGUAAACCUUAUAACAACUAAUCAUCAGCAUGUUAGCAUAUUGAGCUAUGUUAGCAUUUAGCUUCAAGUCUAUCCCCAAAGUUGUGAACAUUAAGGGAACAUUUUUCAAUUGUCCUGCAAACAUCACGGCUUGAGGAACGUUCCCUGGACUGUUUUGUUCCCAAAAGCAAACAUUUUAAUUCAUGAGUGAUAAAAUACACAUCAUAGUCAACUAUGAUUUGUACUUCUUGCUAGUGAAUCAGUGUUAGCAUGCUAUUAUGCUAAGCUAACAAAGUUAACACAUUAAAAAGACCUUAUGCUAUGCUAAUGUAAUUUUUGUAAUUUAACUCAAAGCAAUGCUAUUCCGAAAUACAGUCUCUCACUGCUAGCAUGGCUGUAGACUUUUAGCCGAGUGACCUAAAUGGUUAAUGCACAUUUCAGUCUGCUAUAUUUUGUGUUUUGUUCUAAUAAAUAAUCAGUAGCAUGCUAACAUGCUAAACUAGUAGUUAACAAGGAACAUGUAUAUUUUGUACACUCAACUGCAUUAGCAAGCUAAUGUUAGCAGUGUGACUUCAAUUACUACUUUGUGGUUAAUGUUAGUGAACAAACGUUAGCAUGCCAACAUGCUUAACUAACAAGUGAAAUGUAUGUCUUCUGAAUUUAAGCAUGUUAGCAGGCUAAUGUUAGCAUUUAGCUCAAAGCAAGACUGUGCUAAUGCACAGGGUCUUAAAGCUAGCAAGGCUGUUCUUAUUAACUGUAAUAACGGUGUACUGUGAUGUUACCAUGCCAACAUGCUAAAAUAAUAUGGCUAAAAAGGUCAAAAUAGACCCUCAAACUUCAAGCAUGUUAGUGAGCUGUUGCUAAUCUCUAAUUCAGCCUCGCACUGCCAACAUGGCGAUAGAAUCUUUGUUGUGUUUCUUGUGAAUUUCCAGAUAAUUUUACUUCUUCAGGAACCAAAAAAAUCUUCAAGUCAAAAAAGUUUUUGCUGAAACUGGUUACAGCCAGUCGACAUAUGCAACCUGUGACAGGAGGUCGCUUUAUUUUAAGGGAUUACAAGCCAAAAAAGUUGGGAACCACUGACCGAGCUGAACUUUGCAGUGUGAUUAUCCUAAUAUUUGAUUCAAAACCACUUUUUUUAAAACGAUAAAAAGGAACUUUUGACCAUUGGUUUUUACGUUCACCUGCACUAGUUAGUCUACAAAUAAUGUGCAAUGUUAACAAAUCUGCAAAAAAAUAUAUCUCUGUUGUUUGGGCACGUGAAAACAUGAGAGCAUGCAUUGUUCUAGAGAUUAUGAUGUUGUGUACUGGAUUUUGUCUGACCUCUGUGUUAGUGCAAAGUGUAUGUGAUGCAUGGUGGGGGAGCAGAGGGACGGCAUGGCUCUGUGGUUUGUAGGUGUAGAUUUCUUGUGUGGAGCAGUUGGUCUACAACUAGACAUAUUCUCUACUCACAUGUUCCGUUUCUUUGUUGGUUUUGUAUCUUCGUCACGUCAAUUUAACUUAACAGUAGAUAAAGAAUAGCUAGCUUUGACCACAAAUUAACCAAUCAGUCAGAUUGCAGACCCUUCCACCCCCAACCUUGGUUUAUAUAGCAUUUAUCCGACCCGCAGGUCAACACGCAAAAAAAAUAACAAAAGAAAAAAAAAGAGAAAAAAAAAAGAUUUUUUAAAUUCAUGGAUCAUUUUGCCAGUUAAUCUGUAAACACCUGCAUGCAUUUGUGGACAUGCACACUUGUACACUCAUUUAGACGUAUUGAAAAUGUCACCUAUUAACUUACUUUGUGUUCAUUUAUCAACAGUAUUGAUGUCAAAUGUGAAUAUUGUCAAUGGAGACUGUGGAGAAAUGUUUGGAAGCUGACGAAACAUUUUGUCUGAUUGUUUCACUUUUAUUUAUUUUAUAUUUUUUGAAUUUUGUCUACCAAUGUCGUUUCUUUACAUGUAUCAAUUUUAACAAAACCCAGUCUGGUUUUUAAUCAUAAAAUGUGUCUGUGUUUUAAAA